AGACUAUAUCAAUGGACAUUCAGGGAGUUGUUGCAGUGGGACCUGUCAGAAGUUGUUCACCUGCUCUUAGAAGGAACCGGAGAUCCUGAACAGAAAAGGAGCAGAAUUCUUUGAGAAAUAAGUGAAAAGGGGAAAAACCGACCGUGAAGAUGUUUAAAUACACUCCUCCUUGGCAAGCACUAUGUCAGAUGAAGGACACAAAGUAUAAGAAACAACAGACUUAUGCGUCUCCAAUAACCGUGGUGAAUGAAGUUGAAUCUGACCGGGCCGCUACUGCCUCCAAGGAUCUGCUGCACACGGAGCCGCCAGUCUCUGGAACCCUUCCGGUAGGAAUUUCAGAGGGUGGACCCGAGUGGAACAAAGGUUCAGAGAGAGAUAAAUCUCCCACUGAAAUUACACAGCAGAUACCAACAGGCACUGAGGAUCAAGUGCAUGUGGAGGCAAUUGAUGAGCUCCAACUAAAGGAAGGUGAAGGCAAUAACAUUGUCCUCUCCAGAGAUCUAAAGACACCUAGAGAAACUGAGGACUAUCUUGAAGACGAGGCUCCUGUCCCAAUGCAGAACGCUGAGAGUAAUCAUUUCAGCGUGGAGAAUGGGGUUUUAGUCAAUAAGGAUGGUUCUAAUGUGAGUCUUCAACACCAAACCAACGUUUCUCCUAAUCUGACCCCAAUCACACAGAAUAGUUCAGAGCCUUCUUUUUCAGCCAUUCCAUUGAAGAUAGACUGUGGUGAUGAUUCCAUCAUUCAUGCAGUGAAGGUUACUGUCAUCCAAGACAUGAGUGACCAGGACACUCUGAGUAAUGAUGGACUUGGCGGUGUGCCUUCUGCAGUGAGCACAGCCAGGGAUGGAAAGUUAACUACCAUAAAAAAAGAAGCCAACUUUGAUCUUCGAAAAUAUGAUAAAGGAAAAAACCCAGUUAAACUCUUCUCAGACGAUGAGGAAAGAAAGUAUCAAACAGUAAUCAUUAAAGAAACAACAGAUGGUGACAACCUUGAUAAAGAGCGAAGGGCCUUAAUUCGAAACCAAGCCGUGAAGAAGAGCACCACCUUUGCGGAGGCACAGGUUUCAACAAAGUCAUUCAAUUUGGAAGGGACUCCAUCGGUUGAAGAUUUCACCCAGAAGCCAGAUGAAUCCCAGAUGCAGAAGUCCGCUGAACAUUCCGAUUCAUUUUCUUUCCAUGACGAGUCCUCCAUUUCUCAUCCCGAAGACAUCAACAGUCCACAAAAAAACUUUGUCGCUGCUAGACAACAGUUUCUCCUGAUGGAGAAGCCAAGGCUAGAAGAACCAACCAGUCCUCGGCCCUCUGCUCGGUCCCACGGGGGUUUGGGACAUUCUUCCGCGCCCUCUGAAUCUGCUUGGCUACUUCACGACAAGGGUGGGAUUGCCUUGGACACUAGUCCAACAAUCAUGGUAAAAGCUGUUAGAGUUGAUUACACCGACGCGGAUGAGAAGGAUAAUGGGCCUAAAAGUCCUGUGAGCAAUAGUGUGUUCAUUGCUGAGAAGAUUGCAACUCUGGAAGAUAAUGAUGGCGAAAAAUUUGGUUCCACUCGGCGAAAUCUGGCUGCCUGCUCAACAGAUGACCUUGAUUCUGGAUUAGGUGAGAUGACCAAUGACUAUGGUUAUGGGUACACUAGUGAUGGUGGGGCAUCAAUUGAAAUGCAGAACAUAGGAACUGAUAACUAUGAGUGUCCCGAGCAGAAGCCAAUCCUUGAAACUCCCAUUGAGAAAGAAAUCCGAUUAGCCUUGGAAAGGGAAGAAAUUCUUCGCAAGGAACGAGGAAUUAGCAAGGCAGUGAGCUCUGAGGAAAUGGUGGAAAUCAAGACAAAACCACUCUUAUCCCAACUAUCCCCUGGAUCUCCUUUCUUAAAAAAUAAAGACAAGAAUCGGAUGGGCUUUUUUGUACAGAGAGAAAUUGAAAUGGACACCAAGAGGGAGGAGAAAUUGAAGGAAGAAGGCAAAGUCAAAGGCCUGUAUGAUAAAGGAGUGCCUCAAGAAGUGGAAGAACGGAAAAAGGUAUUUGAGCAGCAAACAGAUGAUGUGCCAGUUGCACCACAGCCGGGUUGGCAGACCAGGUUAGUCCGCUCGGCUUCACGGGAAUCUCUAGAUGUGCUUGAUGUUCUAGAGGAAAGCAACUCGGUACAUUCUGACUCAACUGAAUGUCAGGACUUGGCAGAAAAGAGAUCGGAGUCCCAGCCCUACACCCUGCGACCUUGGAAGCCUCAGACCAACUUCCUGAUUGAGCAGGAAAUUGAGGACGAGCAACGUCGGGAGGCGGAGCUGCGGGCGCAGAGACUGAGGCAGCAGCCUGGAGGGAGUCUUCCUUCAGCAACAGUCUCCACAUUGGAGUCCCAAAGUCCCCCAGUGUAUCCUCAGUUGACGUCCAGAGAUGGAGCUUUGAACGGUGAUCGAACAGACGAUCUCCCAGCGACGCACUGCCAGGAAGAGAGGAGAGCGAAACCUUCUGGAAAAAAGGAUGACUCUUCGUAUGCUGGUAUCGAGCCUUCUGAUGACAUCAACACUGAGGUACUUGAAUCUACCAGAGUCACUCGCCGUAAAAGCACAAUGGCCCAGCGCUGGGAAGCGGGGAUAUUCAACAAUCAUCUGGACGAAUGAAGCCAGCCCAGCUGCCAGCAAUAUAUAAUUGUAUACAUAUUGAUAGUGAAAUUAUGGAAAGCACUGCCUAUUGAUCAGAAAUUAAGUUCUUUAUAGCACUCUGGACAAAUUUCCAUCUCUGAGUGACUCUCCUGUUUUCAAACAGUGACCAGUAAACUUCAAGAACAAAGACACAAAUUUGAGGUCCAAUCUUCUUGCCCCAAGUUUGCAAUCCCAUCCAACUCCUCACUUCGUUCUAUGUGAGUUCAAUGCUACAUCAAUCUCACACAUGUACUAUCUCAGCCACAACCUAAAUAAUACUAUUAUGCAAUGUUCUCCAUUAAACACAAACUGAGUCACAGAAACCCUUUUCCAGUAUCCAGUCUCCGACCUCGAUGUUGAGACCCAUGAUUGUGUCUUUCUUUAAUAACCACAGUGCCUUAUCAGACAGUUGCCACUUGUUUGCCAUGAAGGCAAUGGGUUAUAGUAUUCACAGCCAGAUUUCCCCCCGAUUCCCUCUACAUCACAGACCUCUUAGCAGCGUUUCUUUAGAUUGGUAAAUUUACAUGAAAUGCUCAGUUUCAUGAAGAGAACUAUAAAUAAAAAUGUUUGCUUUUUGUUUCUAUAGAUAUCAAUCAACCAUUUGAAAGAAAACAAAUGAAUGCUUGUGUGCCAUUAUUUAAAAAUAUAUAUAUAAAUAAAUUAGCAUUUGGAACAAAA